AUGGGGAGUUGGAAAGCAUUUUUGCAAAGUUCUGGUGGCAAAAAGGACAUGGAAAAAGAGGAAUCCAUUGGUGCCUAUGGAAGCAUUUGUGCCGUUCCAAAGAUGAAGGGGGUAUGGGAUUCAGAAGUAUGGCUCAAUUUUAGUAAUGCUAUAUUAUAUUUUGGUGAGGCCAAUUUGCAUGAUUAUAAGGCUGCAGAAUUUAUCAAUAAUAACGAGAGAAAAUGGAAUAGAGAGUUGAUUAUCAAUACCUUUCCAGAAGAAGCAGCAGGCAAGAUUCUCAGUAUCCCACUGGCAGAGGAACCUCAUGAGGACUUUCAGAAUAACAAGGUAAAAUUCGUUAAAGAAGUUCAAAAGUGGAAACCCCCACCUGGACAGGCAAUAAAGAUAAAUUUUGAUGGAGCUUUUGAUGAGAGAAAUCAACAAUCGGCCUCUGGGAUAGUAGCCAGAAAUAGUAAAGGGCUUGUUCUCCUGUCAUCCACAAAGACCCAUCUUGGAGUAACCUCUGCCUUCGCAGCCGAAGCAUUAGCAUGCAGGACAGCAACCGAGAUUAGGUCUCAACAUGCAAGGAAAGGAUCCAUUAUUAAAAGAUGCAAUGCUAGAGGGGAAGAUAAAUCGAAGAUAGGGGCCUAUAUACAUGAUAUCCAUCAGUUAAUUUCCAGAUCUGGCAAUAUCAAGUUUGAAUAUACCCCUAGAUCAGCAAAUAGUUUAGCCCACAUAUUAGCUAAAGAAUCCCUAAUAAGACAGGAAGAAGUUUACCUGGUCGAGAGUGUACCCAUUUAUGCCGAAAACCAGAGGAAAAAUAAUAUGGAGAGAGAGCCGGAUUGA